AGAGAGCAUUUCGUCAGGUUCGGGUGAGCCAAAAGACAUCACCUCUCACUGUCCCAUUUGAUCGAAAAGUGUUUUAUUAAAUCGGAUACUAUUGCCAUUGCUAUGUUAAUUCUGAAACGUGUGUUUAGGUGACACUGGUGGGCUUCAGUUUGAGAUGAGUGGCAUGCUGAAGGAGUUGCAGUGCCCUUAUCAAGGCCUUGUUUCCGGGAUUAUACAGGAAGGGCUGCAGAAUAAGAAAGAUUAUCUAAAGCUAAUAAACGCAGUGCUUCAAGAGCUUCCAAAGGAUCACAUUGGAAAGCCAGUUCUGAAGAAAUCUCUCGACAGUGAACAGUGGGAGCGGCUGGAGCAGAUCAACACGGUCCUGUCCUCAGAGUAUGAGUGCCGGCGGAGGAUGCUGAUCAAACGGCUCGACGUCACUGUGCAGUCUUUCGGCUGGUCAGAGAGAGCCAAGGAGAGAGUUGAUAUCAUGGCCAGGGCCUACCAGUCUAAGAGACACACCCUGUCCCAGAGUUCAUCUGUAGGCAUGGCUCACCUGCUGGCAGCCAGGGAGGACAUAUGCAACGUGGUGAAGACCAGCAGUGGCUCCAGCAGAGCGAAUACUGCCUGUGCUGUCAAUAAGAUCCUGAUGGGUAGGGUGCCAGAUAGAGGCGGCCGGCCCUCUGAGAUAGACGCCCCCCUCCCUGAGAUGCCAGCCUGGCAGAAGAGACAAGACGGCAGAGGGGGUUGGGGAGGUGGUGGUUGGGGAGGGGGUAAGAGUGGCGGGAGAGGUGGUGGAGCUGGUUGGGGUCAUGUAGGAAAGAGAGGACAUAAUCAAUACUAACUUACCAGGGUUUUUUAAAACAAAAGCCAGACAGUGUUCAAUAGGUCAACUGAAACCUACUCGUGGUUAUGUGUGUAGCUAAGUGCAACACUAAGGCAUUGCUUAUUUGGAGUGAUAGGUACAAAAUGUUACUGUAUGAACUCUCUUAAAUUUUUGUCACUGAUUUGUGUUCAUUUUCAGAGUUCUUAUGAACUGUGUUGCUGUGGAGAGUUGUAGAAGCAAUACCGAGAGUAAGUCAAACUCACUGACCAUUUUUAUAUAGUUUAAUGUAUUUUCUCAUUGUAUGUUGGUAGUUUUAUCAAAUUAACUUUUUGGAAAUUGGAAUUAUGGUAAUGACCUUUUUGAUUUGAA